AACGGUUCACCGGGGAACUGGUGGACGGAGAUGCGGCGAAAGCUAUUUCAGAAUAGCUAAGUUGUCACAACUCUGCAUGUCUUUUGAAAUUUAAUAAUUCAGUAUUUUUUAUAAUAAAUGUUGUCGUAAAGUUGGAAAAAAAUAAACUUCGCACUUGGCAUGCUGCUUGUUGUAUGUAGUAAGUAAGCUAGACUGCUCACCUGUAGCACCACAUGAUUGCAUGAUAUCAGGGGCACCUGGUUCUCUGCUGCUGAAUCUACCAACUACUUUGCUGCACAACGAUGACAUUUGCAGGUAUUAAACUUUAAAAAGUUGUUACGUUUCACUUAAGAUUUCAUGGAUUAUGGAGGGAGGCUACAACUGUCACACCCAGAUCAGAGUGAGAGACAUACACCCAGCAACAUGGACCAGCUUGCUUUCAAAUACAUGGAUAUGUGUAAAGUGGAGUCCAGCACCGAUUCUGAAUCAGAGAUCAGUCCAAGAUGGUCAGACACCAGCACUAUGGGAUGUUCAAGCAGUGCACCAGAGAGUCGUUCUUUUCGGAGGAUGUUGCCACUAAAUCAGAAGCCUGCAGCAAGGCCUGGCUGUUAUUCUUUGUUUUUUGACCCGUAUGAUGGGAGCUCUGAAGAUUCUGACGAGUCAAAUGUGGAAGGCGGCGUCUCAAGCAGACGAACAAAGCAGCAGGGCAGAGUUGGAGGAGGGGGAGGUCGUGUUUUUUGCAAGAGCAGGAGAUUCAUCCUCCACCAUCCUGCAUCUGAUGCCCUCAGAGAAGUUGUGAAAAAUGGGAUGAGAAAUCCUGUGGUGGAGCAGCAACAUGUUUUUGACAUCCAGAUGAAAUGUGGGAGUGACUCUGAGCUGUGGGUCUGUGAGCUGGACAUUAACAAGAAUGGUUGUAGAGAUCUUAAGGAUGACAUGACUUCAGAUUCAUUUAUGCCCACCCAAACCAUGGAUGUUGAGUUACACAGCCAAUUUGGUGAUUCGGGAUUACAUGCUUCAACAUCCUGCACACCUCCAACACCUGGGCCUGUUAUCCCAGUGGACAGGAGUCUGUCCCAGAUGCUGGUGAGUUCAUCGGAGAGGUCCCCCAGCCCCCAUGACAUCAGAUCUCUGCACAAGAGAAAGCUGGGAUUUCCUGGAGCAGAGGUGGUGGAGCUGGGGCAAAGAAAGAGGCAGUGUGUUUUCAACAUGGAGGACUCUGCAUCUGAACCAUGUUAGUUAAGAGAACCAUGGAUAAGAAAGAAAUACUGCUGUUAUUUCAGUGCCUUUACAUGUAAAUGAAGGAAUGAAAAUAUUUAGUCACUUGUAGGUGCAUCAUUCUUUCUCAUCUAUAAAACAAAAUAACAAAUUGUCAUAAGGUUUGAGUGUACCACAGGUGUCAUAUGUUGUACUUACUGUUUCUUCAAUCAAUCAUUUGUGUUGAAAGGAUUAUCAUAUUGCCGACUAUGCAAAAACAGAUGUAGAAAAUCUACUGUAUGCACUGCUGUGAGGCAGCUGUACAUUUUCCAUUUAAUAAAAUGUCUACAGGAUA